AUGAGGAUAUUUGUCGUGUUUUUAGUCUUGGCGGGUGCAUUCGCUAUUCAAGCUAAGACAUGGAACGCGAAAUUUCCUGGAAAAGGCCGCCCUCCCGCACAAACGGAGGAGGAACACCAAAAAGAACACUGCGAAUUCCUUGAAGAAGUAAUGGAGAACUAUGUGGAUGGUUCCGAUGAUCCCGAUGGUUUUUGUGAUCGGAUGCCCGGCCCUGACGUCAGCAACUUUACGUGUAAGUGCAGGAUUGAUGGGCAAGAGAAGGAAGUGUUGCCACUGUGCAGAUAUCUCAAAAAUUGCACAAUAUCCGUUAAUCAGACCAAUUAUACCUGCGAUGUGGAAGACAGUGACCGAGUGAAGUGCGUCCAACAAAUUCGAACUCAGCCACCUCAAGUUGGAAAAGCUGAGGGAGAGGCAUCGCCAACUCAAAACAAUGAAGAAAUUAAAGCAGCGCCUGAAGAAAAACCGAAAACUGAUAGAGAAGAAGAGUCGGUCGUUCAUGGAAAUGAUAACGUCACCGAUCAGAAGAAAGGUGAUGAUAGAAGUAAUGAAAAUGCGGAAGCAAUCCCGAGAAAUGAAGACAAUAAAAAGGUUGCUGAUAAUGGAGGGAAUGGAGUUAAUGACAAACACAAUGAAACCACCACUGAAGGCGAUGACACCCGAAACAAACUUCAAUUACCACAUCGAAAUCAAUCGUUACCGCAGGCCCAAGAAAAAAAAAAUAAUACAAACCACUCGACAUCACAGAAUGAUAAACAAAAUGAAACGACGGAACCACCUCCUGAAAACUCCGCCACCCCUGAGGCGCAUGGAGUUGAUCGCCCUACACAAGAUGGCGGUAUUAAAUCGCCGUUGCCCCUCCUCAUCAUCAAAAUAUAUUUUACCGCGGUUUCUUUUUUGCUCCUCAGUAUAUUCUGA